AUGGUGGUCUGCAAAUGCCGUAAGGCCACCAAGCUAUACUGCUUCGUGCACAAGGCGCCCGUGUGCUUCGACUGCAUAUGCGCCCCCGACCACCAGCACUGCGUGGUAUGGCAGUACUCGGACUGGGUGAACGACGGCGACUACGACUGGCCGCCGCACUGCGCCGUGUGCAGCGAGUCCCUCGAGGAUUCCGACAAGCCCACCAUCCGCCUCUCCUGCCUCCACGUGCCGCAUGCGGAGUGUGUGAAGAGGCACGUGGAGUCCUUUCCGCCCAACACCGCCCCAGCAGGCUUCACAUGCGCCUCCCCUGGUUGCGGCCUUGAGAUAUGGCCAGCCAGGUCGCACAAGGACUCUGCCUCUGCUCUCUACACACACCUCAGAGCGCUCCUGGCUCAGACAUCUGUUGCGGACGUCAUCCUGAGCACGCCAGUCACGUCCGACCCAGCAGCAGCAUCCGCCCAAGCCACAGCACUAUCAGACAAAUCCGCGCCGCCCGCAUUCGCCUCCGGCCCUCUCGCAGUGGUGGGGCGGGCGGCAGACUCCGCGAGUGCAGGGGCGGAAGGGGAGGCUCGGGGGGAGGCGGGCGGAGCAGUGGAGGAGAGGAACGGCGGGGAAGGUGAAGGCAGUGGGGCGGGGUCGUCAGCAGCAGCAGCUGCUGUGGCGGCUGCAGCGGCGGCGGCAGCUGCUGCUUCAGCUGGGGCAAAACGCCAAGUGAGUGGCUGGAGUGAAGGUGAUUACCGCUCACUCUUCCGCCCCAACCCUCUCUCUGUCCUGCCGCUCACUCUUCCGCCCCAACCCUCUCUCUGUCCUGCCGCUCACUCUUCCGCCCCAACCCCGUCUCUGUCCUGCCGCUCACUUGUCACCCCCCAGCCACAGCAGCAGGGCGGGGUGAACAUUGCGCGCAGCCGCACGGGCGGGUCGGAUCGCACGGCGGUGGACAUCACAGAGGAGAUCGAGACGGCUUACCGCACCGAUGAGGAGGCAGGGGAGCGCAAAUACGCCAGACGAGGUCCGGCCCAUCUGCAGGUGCUGAGGGUGCUGCACGCGCUGCCAGGGACAAGGACGAGCAUGCACCAACGGGGGCGCACUCACCCCUGUCCUUCCCCCACUCCCCCCACCUCCUCAGGUCCGGCCCAUCUGCAGGUGCUGAGGGUGCUGCACGCGCUGCCAGGGACAAGGACGAGCAUGCACCAACGGGGGCGCACUCACCCCUGUCCUUCCCCCACUCCCCCCACCUCCUCAGGUCCGGCCCAUCUGCAGGUGCUGAGGGUGCUGCACGCGCUGCCAGGGACAAGGACGAGCAUGCACCAACGGGGGCGCACUCACCCCUGUCCUUCCCCCACUCCCCCCACCUCCUCAGGCCCGCCGCAUCUGCAGUUCCUGCGGGUGCUGGGGUCAUGGUGGUCACCAGCGCUGCAUGCGCUGCCAGUGACGCUCACGGCCACGCACUCGCACAGGAGGGACAAGGAGGAGCAUGCAGCCGUGGGGGCGCAUGAGGACGGCAGGCGGAGAGCGGGGCAGCGGCGCAGCGGGGGUGUGGACCCGCGGAAGCUGCUGCUCAUCGUGGCCAUUGUGUAA